AUGGCAUUCGCAUCGGAGGAAUCUCGAGUUUUGCUGCUCUACACCGGCGGAACGAUCGGUAUGCUCAGUAGCGAUGCUGGGUAUACUCCAGAGCCCUUUUUCUUAUUCGAAACCCUUCGUUCACAGACAUCGCGCUUCCAUGACCCGCUCGGCGACUCGUUGUUGUCCAAAGGCAGAAGUGUCGAAGGAUUUCGAGCGUGGUCGGAGAAUCAGAGUCGAGAUCAGAGUCGAAGUCGUGCUACGAGUCCUCAGCGGGGCGGACGAGCACCCCUCUCUCCGUCGGAAUCCUCAUUGAACCCCCCGCGAGGUUUGCAGCGGAGGGACCCGUCUAUUACGAGUGGAAGGACACCUGUAAUUCACGAAGUGUUGAAGGAGCACUCAAGGCAGGCGUCGUCAGAUAUAGAGUCUGUGGAUGCACCGCAUUCGCCGCUCGAGAUUUCGUCGACGUUGCCCGUUAGAUCUACGAGACCUGUUCAGGUCCCUCCACCUCUUGGUGACGAUGAAGAAGAUGGUGGUAGGGGGCGUUCAAUGAACAAGUGCAAAAAAAUUCGCGACAAUUGCUACGAGGCGGCUCUUCCGAGCUUGGUCACCCCGGUAUUGAGCACGGCACCGGGGGGUAACGUGAAGCGGAUUCGAUAUGCUGUUCUCGAAUGGAAUCCGCUCCUGGACAGCAGCAAUAUGGAGAUUGCGGAUUGGAUCCGCAUCGCCGAGGAGAUUGAGCUCAACUAUCAUCUCUUUGAUGCAUUUGUUGUUCUGCAUGGCACCGACACUAUGUGCUACAGUUCCAGUGCGCUGAGCUUUCUGCUAGAGGACCUUGGAAAGACAGUCAUUCUUACUGGUGCUCAGAUCCCUCUCUCGCAGCUUCGAAAUGAUGCCGUGGAGAAUCUCCUGGGCGCUCUCUCGAUUGCUGGGCAGUACUUGAUUCCAGAGUGCUGCUUAUUCUUCAACCACACUCUAUAUCGAGGGAACAGAGUGUCCAAAGUCUCAUCCUCGGACUUUGACGCCUUUGACAGUCCCAAUUUCCUCCCAUUAGCUAAAGUCGGAAUUGAUAUUGAAAUCAACUGGGCGGACGUUGUGCGCCCCAUCAGCCAGCGCGCAUUCAAAGCUCAUAAACUCCUCAACAAAAGCAUCUUACUUAUAUUAAUGGACACAGCUACACUACGCCUGUUUCCGGGCAUCACCGCAGCAACUGUCAAAGCGUUUCUUGCUCCUCCAGUACAAGGUGUUGUACUCGAGACAUUCGGAGCCGGUAACGCUCCUCAGCGUGCCGACCUUAUGGACGCAAUGAAAGCGGCAUGCGAACGGGGUGUGAUUAUUGUCGCUAUUUCUCAAUGUGCCAAAGGAAGCGUAUCCGAUGCUUACGAAACUGGACGGACUCUUCAAGCAGCUGGAGUCGCCUCGGGCGGAGAUAUGACCACAGAGUGCGCUCUUGCAAAACUCGCAUAUCUACUCUCGAAACCAGAAAGGUUGUCUACGUCACAAGUGCAUGCGCUAAUGUCGAUUCCAUUGCGCGGAGAAUUGACCCUUCGAACAAGCCACGCCGUUCAGGCAUCCAGCUCGUUCUCUGUCGCCAACGAUUCAGCGAGAACGCCAGAGUCUUUCGGGAAUCUUCUCAAUCACAUCACAAGAUUAUCUGCGCCUCAAAGUCUUGUGCCCUCCGUUCGUAUUGCGCCUCCUCGAAACGCAGAAGAACGGCCCAAGCCAGCACAUUCUUUGACACUGCUAGGAGCUACCGUCGCACUCUCCAAAUCUGCUCGCGAAGCGGCGAGUUCAUGGUCCAACACCGCAUCGGAAACGGCAACCGCCGAAGCGGCUCUAUAUCCAUUCCUUGUUCACCUAGCCGUAGCAAAGGACGACGUGGAGACGCUCAAGUUCUGCCUAGGCAUAUCCGAGACCAAAACCACCUCCCCCGUCAUUGACCCUCAAACGCCAAUGGAAGAGAUGGGGGUGACGGAAAGCUUCCCUAUCAGCAGCAGCAAUAGGAACCUUGUCAAAGGAGGAAUCGCCAAUUGCCUUGAUAUUGCGUCCGGCAGAACGCCAUUGCAUGUUGCUGCGCUUAAUGGGAGCGUCAAGUGUGCGCAAGUAUUACUGGAAGCUGGAGCAUUGGUUCAUAUACGAGAUUCUCUGGACCAUACUGCACUUUACUAUGCCGCUCGUCACAGCCACGGCUCUAUAGUUGAUUCGCUGCUACAGGCUGGAGCACAUCUAGGCGGUGCAGAUGUGGAAGGUGGGUAUGUGCGACUGGCUAUCAAGCAUGCACAGUCUGUAGGCGAUCAGACUGCGCUUCUCGUUUGGCGAAAAGGUACCACCUUGACCCCCACUACGUCUGGUGCAUCUGCGAGUCUGAUCCAAGCCAGCACGAGGCUCGUCGCACCGCCUGUUGUUGAACAAGGUCCAUCUGGUCAACAAUCCGUAGUCACCACAUCAGCAUUAUCGACGACACAAUCUGCGACCGAUCAACAAUCUCCGAGCCCGGAUCAUGAACAGACACGACGAUCCAAAAUGGACAGAUGGCUUGCUCGUGUAGCUCUCAUGCUCAGCUUGACAAAAAGCAUUGCGGAUGCUGCCGAGUUUGCACCAUUGAAAGGAGCCUGCGAAGCUGUUGUGACAAUUCUGGAUUCCAUUCAGGCUAUCAAAGAUAACCAAUAUGCCUGGUCAGACCUCUUGCAGACCAUUAGAGAACACACGAGGACGUUUCAACGACAACUAGAUCAGCUAGGUAUCAAAGAUGUACUCGAAGAGUGCGAGGAAUCUAUCAAGGAUCCACUCACAAACUACUCCAUUACCCUCAAAGAGUUGAUAGCCGAGAUAUGCGUCGAUUCUGGUCUCGAUGAAUCCGAGGUUGAUAAGGGUCUGACUUGGAAAAUACUGGUCCAACGUAUCGGUACUACAAAGCUGGAAGCGGACACGAUCAACGGAUACAAGCAACGCCUGACGGCCGCAAGGGACGAGUUGAUGCAUGCUCUGAUUCUCUAUGUUACCGUGUCUGUUAGAGCUACGGCGGAGCGGGACAUAUUGAAGGAACUCCAAUCUAAACAACGCCAACGUCCGCAGGAAUGCCAGCCGGGUACACGUGCGGAAAUAUUGGCUGAAUGCGAAGCCUGGUCCAAAAACCCAGACUCUCCGAACGUCCUUUGGAUCAAAGCUGCACCAGGAGCGGGCAAAUCGACCAUUGCGUCCACCUUGGUGACUACACUCGGCAUCAAAAAGACGCGUCUAGGAUCGAGCUUCUUCUUCCGUCGACAAGAGACCGCAACUACAACUGCUAGCGCACUGUGGCAGGGGAUUGCGUAUGACCUUGCGCGACAUCCUACCAUUCGCAAAUACCUCGCGGAUAAGAUGAGGAACGAGGAGAUUGACUUGACGACACCGAAUAUCGACAUUCUUUUUCAGCAGUUGGUUGAAAAGCCGUUGUCCAAAAUCGGCAACCUUUCACAGGACCAAUUACCUGUGGUCAUCAUUGAUGCAUUGGACGAAUGUGGUGGACUGGUCGGCACGCGAUCGACGGAAUUUCGGCAACUUUGCAAACCCUCACUGCCUGGUCUCGUCUUCCAACCAGUUGCAAGUUGA